CUCUUCCCUCUUCUAAGUUACACACAAACUAUAAGACUUCGGAUGAAAUUUGUGAGAAGAAAUACUAGUAAGAAAGGGAAAAUCUGAAAAAAAAAUUACGUCCCUCCAAUUUCUAGUGAAAGAGAAAAGAAAUCUAAGAAACAAUUGCAAAUUUUCUUAUAGUAAUUUCUAUCUAAAGUUUCCUCCAAUUUCUUGGAAUUAUCUUUCCUUUUUUCCUUCGUUUCCUCAAAUUCCAAAUCCAAACCCAAAUGGAGAGAGUUUAAGGUCUUAAAAUUCCAAAUCCAAAUCCCGUCGGUACCAAUAUCAUUUCUGAAAAAUAGUCUUGCAAGGGUAAGUUGUCCUCCAAGUGUGCGAGGGAGGUGUUUUGAGUUUGGCACCACUGCGGCGACGAAGAAAGCGGCUUACAGGGCAGGGCAGGCAUAGACAGAGAAAGAGAGAAGCCCCCGAAAGUAGAAAGAAUGGAAAGCCGGUGCGAGUUCUGGCUCCCCAAGAAGAACAGAUUCUGUGCAAACACCCCUCUCAACGGCAACUCUAAGUUCUGCGGGAACCACACCACAAGAUCUGAUGGCCAGUGGAUUGCAUGCCCAAUCGACCCUUCUCACACUGUUCUUGAGGAAAAUCUGGAGGGGCAUCUUAGAAGAUGCCCGUUACUCAAACAUAUUCAGUCCUUGUCGCUCCAACCUUUCUACCAAAAGGGCAUCAAUGCUGGCACAAAUGAAGAAGAAGAAGAAGAAAAUACAGUCUCCUUGAAUAACCCCUCUUCUGGGCCAUUGGGUAGCAAUAGCAUCACCUCCGAAAUGAAGAGGAAUGCUGUUUACAGUAUGACUUCAACUCAACUAUCCAAAUUAAUCAGUAAAAUUCAGUCAGUUCAUGCAUCAAUAUGCAAAGAUAUUCAAGACUCAUUCAAGAUACCAGAGGCUUGUGGUGUGUGGAUUAAUAGGGAAGUAGAUGGAAAAUUACCAUAUCAGGAGAAACAUGUCCUGCAACAGGCGUCAAUUCUUGGAAACUUGGAAGAAUUUGGGGUGUUAAAGAAUACCGAUGGGCACAUGUCAAGGGGAGAUUUCCCAUCUGAUGGGCCAACUGUUGAUGAUGCUUGUGUCCCUGCAGUGGUUGAGUUUGGAGCUGGGAGGGGUUACUUAACACAAAUGCUUGCAGACUGUUACGGAAUCAAAAAGGUCUUUCUGGUCGAGAGAAAGUCAUACAAGCUUAAGGCUGAUCGAAGCUUGCGACAGAAAGACAGCUUGAUAUUAGAACGCUUGAGAAUUGACAUCGAGGAUUUGAACUUGAAUGCGGUAGAGUCUUUGCAAGGAAUUCCUUAUUUGGCAACUGGUAAACACCUCUGUGGGCCUGCAACAGACAUGACUCUAAGAUGUUGCCUGGCGAAGAAAUGUACGCAAUGCAAUGUUGCAGGGCACAGAGCAGGUUGUAACCUGAGAGGCCUAGCCAUAGCAACAUGCUGCCAUCAUCUUUGCCAGUGGAAGCAUUACAUAAAUAAGAGAUAUUUAUCAAAUCUGGGAAUAACUAGGCAAGAUUUCCAUGCGAUUACAUGGUUUACUAGCUGGGCUGUAGAUGCAGAUCAUAGUUCAGGUCUUCCUGGCAGUGUUGAUGUAGUGUCAGAUCUCCAAAUCAUUUUCUUUGACAGUGGGAUGGAAGAGGGUGGCAAGGUUGGGCUCGCGGUUGAAGACGUUUUAAGGGAAAUAAAGGCUGUGGAGAGGGCUGUGCUUGGCUUCAUGUGCAAAGAUGUUAUUGAUAUGGGGAGGUUGAUGUGGAUCAAGGAACAUGGCUUAGAAGCUCAACUUGUCAAGUAUGUACCGUAUAGCAUCUCCCCCGAAAACCAUUUGCUAAUUGCCAAAGGGUGAUGGUAACUUUUGGUGUUGUAGCUCGUUCUUAUGUUUGUUGGGAAUAUAUAUACACAUUGGUUUAUGAUGGAUGUUAGUUCCGAGAA